CGCCCAACGGACCAGGCUGAGGCCGUGAGUUAACUGUUGCAGCCCGCGGGAGUUGGGAGGCGACUCGGAGUCUCCAGUGCCCAGAGGUGCCUGAGGGAGAAGGAGAAGCCCCUUCCGCCCCUCUCCAAAGCCAGCAUGUCGCGGACCCCGCCGCUCCUCCGCCUGCGCGGCGGGGACCCCGGGCCGCGGCGGCGGGCGCAGCCCUAACGCGCUACGGAGCCGGGGGGCGCCCCGAGCGCGGGGGCAGGGGGCGAGGGAGUGCCAGCGGCCCCUGUGGUCCUAGUUGGGCGGGCUGAGCCCCGCGGCCACCCCCGUUCCCAGCCAUGAGGAGGGACGAGCGAGACGCCAAAGCCAUGCGGUACCCGCAGCCGCCGGACGGGGCCGGCUCGCCCCCCGAGAGUCUGAGGAACGGCUACGUGAAGAGCUGCGUGAGCCCCUUGCGGCAGGACCCUCCGCGCGGCUUCUUCUUCCACCUCUGCCGCUUCUGCAACGUGGAGCUGCUGCUGCCGCCGCCGCCGGCCUUCCCCCAGCAGCCGCGGCGCGGCUCCCCCUUCUCCGGGGCGCGCCUCGCGCUGGGCGCCCUGGCCGCCUUUGUCCUCGCCCUGCUGCUCGGCUCGGGACCCGAGAGCUGGGCUGCCGCGGCCGCCCGCCUGCGGACCCUGCUGAGCGUCUGCUCGCUCAGCCUCAGCCCCCUCUUCAGCAUCGCCUGUGCCUUCUUCUUCCUCACCUGCUUCCUGACCCGGGCCAAGCGGGGCCCCAGCCCGGCCCGGGGCGGCAGCGGCGGCUCCUGGUGGCUGUUGGCGCUGCCCGCCUGCUGUUACCUGGCGGACUUCUUGGCGUGUCAGUGGUGGUCUUGGCCUUGGGGGGACGGAGACGCAGGGGCCCGGGCCCUGCACACGCCCCGGGCGGCGGCGGGCAGGUUGAUCGUGGUGCUGAGCUGUGUGGGCUUGCUGACGCUCGCGCGCCGGGGGAGGCUCCAGCACAGCAUCCUGGUGCUGCUGCUCUCCAGCUUCGUCUGGUGGGUCUCCUUCACCAGUCUCGGCUCGCUGCCGUCAGCCCUGCGGCCCCUGCUGUCCUGCCUGGUCGGGGGCGCCGGCUGCCUGCUAGCCCUGGGGCUGGAGCACUUCUUUCAAAUCAGGGAAGCUUCCCAUCAUCCCCGGUUGUCCAGUACCGCGGAAGAAAAAGUGCCUGUGAUCAGACCCCGCAGGAGGUCCAGCUGCGUGUCGUUCGGAGAAACUUCGGCCAGUUACCAGGGCAGCUGCAAAAUGUUCAGGAGACCGUCGUUGCCUUGCAUUUCCCGAGAACAGAUGAUUCUUUGGGAUUGGGACUUAAAGCAAUGGUAUAAACCUCAUUAUCAGAAUUCUGGAGGUGGAAGUGGUGUGGAUCUUUCAGUGCUCAAUGAGGCUCGCAAUAUGGUGUCAGAUCUUCUGACUGACCCAACUCUUCCCCCACAAGUCAUUUCCUCUCUACGGAGCAUCAGUAGCUUGAUGGGUGCUUUCUCAGGUUCCUGCAGGCCAAAGAUUAACCCUCUCACACCAUUUCCUGGAUUUUACCCCUGCUCUGAAAUAGAGGACUCAGCUGAGAGAGGAGAUCGAAAACUUCACAAGGGACUAAACAGUAGUAGGAACAGUUUACCAACUCCACAGCUGAGGAGGAGCUCGGGAACUUCAAGUCUGCCUCCUAUUGAACCCUCUUCAAGGUGGGAACGCAACAAUGGCAAAAGGCUUCACCAGGAAUUUGGCAUUGCAAGUCAAGGAUGCUAUCUAAAUGGGCCUUUUAGUUCAAACCCACUGGCAAUCCCGAAGCAAAGGUCAUCUUCUGUAUCGCUAACUCACCAUAUAGGUCUAAGAAGAUCUGGUGUUUUACCGAGCCUGAGUCCUGUGAAUUCUCCUGGCCAUGGACUAGUUUCUCCUGGCUCUCUACCUAGUCGAUCGCCUGUAGAAUUUCCUGAUACUGCUGAUUUUCUUACAAAGCCAAGUGUUAUUUUACACAGAUCUCUGAGCAAUUCACCCACUUCACCAGAUUUUUAUCAGCAACUUAGAAAUUCUGAUAGCAAUUUAUGUAACAGCUGUGGACAUCAAAUACUGAAACAUGUUUCAACAUCUGAGUCAGAGUCUGGUACAGACCGCUGCAAUGGAAAAUCAGGUGAUGAAGACAAUACCAUUUUAUCAAAAGAAUCACUUAAGCUUACAGAAGCUCAAGACGACGUGGAAACAGAGAACAGAGACUGCAGAAAAUUAUUUUUGGAAGGUGGUAAUCACCUAGCAGAAGAGGCACAGAAUGAACAACAACUAAAAAUUGAACAAGAAGCAUCACUGGACCUGAAUUUAAUAGAAGAUUAUGACUCAUUAAUAGAAAAGAUGAGCAACUGGAAUUUUCAAAUUUUUGAACUUGCAGAAAAGAUGGGAGAGAAUUCAGGAAGGAUCCUUAGUCAGGUUAUGUAUACCUUAUUUCAAGACACUGGUUUAUUGGAAAUAUUUCAAAUCCCCACUCUACAGUUCAUGAACUAUUUUCAUGCAUUAGAAAAUGGCUAUCGAGAUAUUCCUUAUCACAAUCGUAUACACGCCACCGAUGUCUUACAUGCAGUUUGGUAUCUGACAACACGGCCAAUUCCUGGCUUACAGCAGAUCCACAGUGAUCAUGGAACAGGAAAUGAAACAGAGUCUGAUGGUAGAAUUAACCCUGGGCGAAUUGCUUACAUUUCUUCGAGGAGCUGCUCAAUCCCAGAUGAGAGCUAUGGUUGCCUGUCUUCAAACAUUCCUGCAUUGGAAUUGAUGGCUUUAUACGUGGCAGCUGCCAUGCAUGAUUAUGAUCACCCAGGGCGGACAAAUGCAUUUCUAGUGGCUACAAAUGCCCCUCAGGCAGUUUUGUACAACGACAGAUCUGUUCUGGAAAACCAUCAUGCCGCAUCAGCUUGGAAUCUCUAUCUUUCUAGCCCAGAAUACAACUUCCUUCCUAAUCUUGAUCAUGUGGAAUUCAAGCGCUUUCGUUUUUUAGUCAUCGAAGCAAUCCUUGCCACAGACCUUAAGAAGCAUUUUGAUUUUCUUGCUGAAUUCAAUGCCAAGGCCAAUGACGUAAAUAGUAAUGGUAUAGAAUGGAGUAAUGAAAACGAUCGCCUCUUAGUAUGCCAGGUGUGCAUCAAACUGGCAGAUAUAAACGGCCCAGCAAAAGUUCGGAACUUGCAUUUGAAAUGGACAGAAGGCAUUGUCAAUGAAUUUUAUGAGCAGGGAGAUGAAGAAGCAAAUCUUGGUUUGCCCAUCAGUCCCUUCAUGGAUCGUUCUUCUCCUCAACUAGCAAAGCUCCAAGAGUCUUUUAUCACCCACAUAGUGGGUCCCCUGUGUAACUCCUACGACGCUGCUGGUUUGCUCCCGGGCGAGUGGGUAGAAGCAGAAGAGGAUGAUGAUACUGAAAGCUGUUACGAUGAAGAUGGUGAAGAAUUAGAUACAGACGAUGACGACGUGGAAGACAAUCUAAAUCUUAAACCACAGAGACGGAAAGGCAGACGGCGAAUAUUUUGUCAGCUAAUGCACCACCUCACUGAAAACCACAAGAUAUGGAAGGAGAUCAUAGAGGAAGAAGAGAAAUGUAAAGCUGAUGGGAAUAAACUGCAGGUGGAGAACUCUGCCUUACCUCAAGCAGAUGAGAUUCAGGUCAUCGAAGAAGCAGAUGAAGAGGAAGAGAGACAGUUUGAAUAAAGCAAGAGACAUGUUGAAGAAGCCCCGAGGGCGGCGCCCAGUGUCGAAAAUCAAUGCCUCAUGUUCACUGUGCUCACCUUCAGCCGCCCGUCCCCACGUGGACAGGCCGUCAUACUGUGAGAGGAUCCCUGCGGGCGGGCAGCCUCCCGCCCUCACGCACUUUCACCACAGAACUAGAGAUGUAGUCGUAGAGCUUGGCUUCACUUGACUCGUGUCGCAGAAGUUGCAGAGCCCUUACUUAAUGCCUUCACUGGUGUAUGAACCCUUUGUCACAAUCCUGCUUGACUGGGUGCAAAGCACUAAUUUUCCAUGAGAGGUAGCUAUAACUAAACACUCAAGUGACUUACUGCAGUUUCCAGAGUGGCCAGAACUUUUUGCUUUCAUGAGAACCAGAUUCAGACUGCAUUUCCAAAUGUGUCAUUUAUAAAUGUCUUUGAAUGUUUGGGGGGUGAAAAAAGUCUAUGCCAAUUUAAAAAGGAAUCCAGUGUUACUUUCUGAGGGAUCUGUUCAAUGCAAUACACUGUUGAGUGCUGUUUUCCCAGCUAGAUUUAUCCACGAAGGACUGAGUGACCUUUGUUAUAUUUAACAAAAUCCAGGCGCAUCAAUUUCUGAUGCUUUUUACUGUUGUGUAUUAUUUACUAUGUGUGUUUUAUUUCUGCUCUUAGUGUUCAGAUUUGGCAUGGACAUCAGAAGUCUGAAUUCUAGCCUUUUUGACUUUAUAUUCCAUGGUCAAAUUUUAAAGCUGUUUAGGUUUAACAAUGAAAGAAUUUUAUUCUUUAGUCAAAACUGUUCUUAUUUUUACUCUUGCUCAGGAUUAGUAUUGUUAAACAUUCCAUUAGUAGAAUCACAGCACACGUUUUCAAAAGAAAAGAACUUUUUCCUAGUAUUGAUAUUAACCUUCGAUGAAAAGGAGCAUUAUUUUCUCUUUUAGAAAAAUGAGACUACUCAAAGCCACGGAAAAGAAGAUGUGUCUUUUGCCUUAAUGUAAAAACCAAAUGAAAGAUGAAGAACAAAAGUAAUAGUGUGAGCUCUGAAGGACACAUUCAUUGAAUAAAUAAUUGGAAUUUGUGCUUAUCUCUAGAUCUACUUUAGGUGUCGUGUUCAGUUAUUAUAAAACUGAUGCUCAUCUUUCUGUUGAUUUCCUUUUGCCUUGAGAUGACGCGACAGAAAUGAUCUAUGACUACUCAACACAUCUAGAGCCCAAUGCAACUCUCCUUUCUGAGAUGAAGUAAAUGGUGGGAGUACUUAACUUUUAUAUAAAACAUCUAAAUAUUUUAGUAAAUCAUUUCAUGCAAAAUCACAUUAUUAAGAGAACUGCAAAGAAAAUGGAACAUAUUUACAGUGUUCAUAAGUUUGUUGGUUUGUGUGAGGGUGUAGGUCUGUGCCCUGCUUGUGGAAAAACAUUUGGCGGUAUAAAGAGCAGCCAAAAUGAUAGCAAGGUGGUAGACUGAUAUUUCUUCUUAUUCAUGGAAACCAUAUUAUAUUUUGGAUAUAUGUUCAGCUUUUGUAAACAUUAAAGUAAUUUUCCAAGGUAAUUCCUUUAAAAAAUGAUGUCAGCAGGCACUUUCUUACCUACCUAGAAUAGACUAGUGGGCUUAUCUGAAAGAUACAGUUAAAAAUCUAUGGAAAUUUGGAUGUUUUGAUCCUGUAGAGUUUCAUAAUAUUUAAUGAAUCACUAAGCUUUAUCUAUUAGACAUGGUGAGUGCUGAGCUUUUUCCUGCCACUUUGCUACCAUCGUCACAUCAUCUGUAAACUGGUCCCACAUUACUGAGUAAUAACAUUUUAACUAAUUUAUUGAGUCUGUGCGUACAUAUAUAUAUAUAUAUAUAUAUUUUUUUUUUUUUGCAUUCUGCAUAUUCCUGCUAUUGCAAAGUACAUAUGUGUAUAAAUUCACACAUGUGCAUUUUUGCAUAAUGAGACAGUUACAUUUCCUUACUAUUAUUUUAUUAAAAUUUUGUA